GCUGAUCAAAAACAUCACAGGCCUCAGUGAGGCAAAUCAAAUAUUUUGCAAUGGAAGUUGGUCAAAAAAUACCGCUUUAAGAAGAAGAAAAAAUACUGAAUUGUCCAAAAAAGUGGGGUUUGAUGUAGAAGGAGAUGACAUCGAGGCCGAAGUUACGAGCUUUGACCGAUAUCUGUGCUGACUGUAGCGCCCCAGGACCAGAAUGGGCAUCUCUGAAUCGCUGUGUGUUGAUUUGCGAUGAGUGUUGUAGCGUACACAGAAGUCUUGGACGACAUGUUUCACAAGUCAAACACCUUCGACACUCAGUAUGGCAUCCGAAUCUUCUUACGAUGGUAAUUCAGUUGGUUAAUAAUGGAGCUAAUUCUAUCUGGGAACAUAACUAUACUGCGCCUUCUAUAGAACAUGGACAAAGCAGAGGAGGGAUCAGAAAACCAAAUCCUAAAGAUAUCGUACACCCAACAAAAUAUAACUUUAUCAAGGCCAAAUACCAAGCUCUUCAGUUCGUUCAUCGGCUUGCAAGUAAAGAUGAUGAUGCUGCUACUAUAGAUUAUACUCUUCAACUUCAUUCUUGUGUUCGAACAUCAAACCUGGAGACAAGUCUUCGACUUUUAUCAAAUGGAGCACAGCCAAACUACAUACACCCUGAAAAGGGUAACACACCAUUACACAUAGCUACCAGCGCAGGACAAGCUUUACAGGUUGAAUUGCUAGUAGUACAUGGAGCAGAUCCUACAAUACUAGAUGUUAAUGGAAAAACACCCAUGGAUUAUGCAAUUGAAGCAGGGAACAGAGAUUUAGCACAGAGACUGUUUGAGAUGCAGUAUGAAUUGACUGAUAGGCUGUCUUUUUACUUAUGUGGAAGAAAACCAGAUCAUCCUACAGGUGUGAGAUAUCUCAUCCCAACCAUGGCAAAUAGUUGUUUAGAUUUAUCACAAGAUGCCCAAAAAGCAAAAUUAAAGUUAAAAGCAUUAAGCAAUCAUUUGUUUGAAGAGCUUGCUGCUGAUGUGUACGACGAAGUAGACAGAAGGGAAUGUGAUGCAAUAUGGCUGGCUAAUCAGAACCAUAGUGCUCUUGUUAAUGAUACAACCACUGUGCCAUUUUUGCCUGUUAAUCCUGCCUUUACAUCAACAAGAAAUCAGGGAAGACAAAAGCUAGCCUUGUUCAAUGCACAAGAACUUGCAACUCUUAUCUUGGAUAUUUUAAAUGAUGCCAGAAGAAGGGAACAAGAUUCCAAUCCUGACCUUGGUCCAGGUAGUGUAAUGGACUCUGGCAUGUUUCCAAUAGAGGAAGACAAGCGUAUGUCACAUGAUUAUGAUGAGGUUGCUUCAGAUGAUGAGCUGGAGAAUACUACACAAAAGGAACCAAUGUUGAGAUCAACCAAAGGCUCCACAGAAAAGAGUACUUCUACAAGUUUUGUUUUAGAAGAUACAAUACCUACGGAGAAUUAUUUAGAAUUAAAGUGUGCAUUAGCGUCUGCAGAGGCAAGAAUACAACAGUUGUUACAAGUUAAUGCAUCAAUGAACCAAGGAAUACAAGAACUUCAAUCAGUGGUACAACGACUGAGAAUUGACAAAUAUAAUCUUCAAAAACAAUUAGGAAUAGAAGAGGAACAAAUGUCAGAUUCAGUGUUUUCAUUUGAAAAUGGUCCCCAUGAAUACAUGAAUGCUGAAAUGCUUAGAAUGAACAACAUGGCUGCUGGAGAUGAUGAAGACGAUGAUGAUCAUGUUGAUAUUGAUGAAAUCACUCCAUAUGCAAGUCCAGGAGAGCUACUAAAGAAUAGGGCUAAACAGAAUCAGAGCGCCUUAGGUACAAGCCAGAUGUAUGGUGAGAUAAAGAAGAAAAAGGUCAAUCCUUACGAUAAUGUACCAGAUGAGGAGGAACCUGAUAGGGGUGAAGAUGAAAAGGCGUAUAAAAAUGGACUGUCUGACCAACAAAUCGACGAAGAAGCCGAACGAGUUCUGAGUGAGGCAGAAGGAAUAGUUCAAGCUGCCGCCAGGGAAUUUGAACCCUCCCAAGAAGAUGUGGUGAGAUGUACCGAACAAAUCACCAAGAAAAUCCAAGAACUCUUAUUAGCAGCUCAAGCAGGGAAACAUAGCUGUUUUAUUCCUUGCUCGAAUAAAAUAAACUCUGCUGUGAAUGACAUGGCCUCGUUAUUUCCAGAGAAUCCAGAUGCUGAUGCUGUAAGGGUUUCGUUACAAUUAAUGGCCAACAGUGCAUCGCGAUUGUCUGUGGAAUGCAAAAGUGCAGUCCUUCCUGGAAACACCGUAGACAUGGCAUUCCUUACACAACAAGUUAUCCAGUGUGCAUAUGACAUAGCCAAGGCUGCCAAACAACUCGUAACUACAUUCUCUGUUGAGUAAACAUGGCUUUGGUAUUACGUAGUUCUGGAGAACCUGAAUAAUUGAUAGAUCCAAAGAGUUGUUGAGUACAACUAGACACAUGAGUGUUUCCCAUUUGCACACAGAAUUCGAAUUUCCUGAAUACUUUUACAUGACAUAUCUGACUGGAAGCAAAAUAAGAUAAGUAAUCAACCUUGCCAUGGUUUAGUUGUUGAAUGUUUACUCGUCUAGUUCUGUCUUUCCACAACAUCAUUAUAACCAUUUGAACUUUGAAAAGGUGAAUAACUUGCGCAUGAAGUUAACCCAUUUCAAACCAUAUGUAUAUUAAUCUAGGCUUGAUUUCAUAAGUCUUCUGAUCUCCAUUAAUCAAGGGUAAAGGUAAUAGGAGAUAUUGCUGGUUUUCAAUCAUUCCCAAGAGAAUGUAAAUACAAAAGACACGCUGGCCAUGUUGGAUGAUAUAACACAAGAGACUAAUGACGAAUCUUUUGUUAACUUCAUCCAACAUGGCGGACGUGAUAACCAUCAAUUGCUUAUCUAUUAUCAAGAUAAGGGAGAUAUCUCAACUAAACACGGAUUAUAUUAGUAACCAAAAAGGAUUUAUAGAACAUUUAUCACAAACCCAUUUAUCUUACUUCGACUAGUCUUAACAUGUCUAGUCUUAGGAAGUCCAUGUGGGAAAAAUUCGUUGAAGCAGCUCUAGAAGUAACUCACACGUAUGAUGGAUGCUUGAUUCUAGUAUUCCAUUGUUUGUCAAUGCUUCUUAUGAACUAGAGUCUGUUUUUUUAAUCAUUAGGAUAUCUAUAGAUGUUAUAUUAUAAACAAAGUAUACAUAAAAACAGUAAACAUAGAGCUAAACAAAGAUAUUUAGGAUUAUUUUGAGUAUCAUGAUAUUAUGAUCUAACAAAUAGAUACUGCAAAAUCACAUGACAAAUGAUCAUGAGGAGCGUGGCUUUUUAUCUGAACCCUAUUUGAAUUAUUGUUCUUUGGUAACCCUGUGAACACAGUGGACAACCAAUAAUGUACACACAGUUGGCAUGCAUGAUGCAGUACGUCGGAACGCAGCUCAAUAGACCUCUUUAGCUUCGUUGUUCGUUGUGCACAUUUCAGUUCACGAGAUGCCUUGGUCCGAGUUGAUUCUUUCAUGUGUAAAUACUUUAGUAUGUUUGUCAUAAAAGAACAAUUCUCAAGGGAAUGUCAUGUGAUCUGAAAUGGGAAAUUUGCAUACAAAGCUAAAGAGGUCUAUUUGGAAGGCAGAACAAUAGGUUUCCAAUUCUUAGGAGAUUAUUUUCUUUUGUCCAGCAAAUUGAGCUCCUUUGAUGUCACAUGCAAGGGGUCUAUUAUCAGAAGUGGAUCUAGAGGGUAGGUUCACUGGGUACCUGUGCACCUCCCUGUUACCCAGAAACUCUUUUACUUCCAUACUACUAAAAAGGUUCAAAAGCACAACAUGAAAACAGGAAAUUUUGAAAAUAGUGUUAUAUAUUAUAAAGUUUUAAACACUAGGGCAAGGUUUUGAAUCGUAAUGCAAAACUGAGCCCAUGCAUUUGAACUGGUUUAAAAUAUCAACUAAGCCCUAAAUUCCAUUGUUUCGAUGCAAAACAUGAAAUACUAAAUUAUAUUGAAUUCAGAGAGGUAGAUUACUGUUGCUUUGUUCUUUUGGAAAUAGAGUGCUUACAAUAUAUCCAUGUAAUUAAAAACUUAUCCUGGGUUUAUAUUUUGGCCCCGUUCUCCCCUGUUGAUAUCAGUUCCGCCCCCGGCUUUAAGAAUCUGGGUUUUCCAAAGAAUUAAGAACCUACAUCAAACAAUGGAUUUAGGGUGUGGUUGAUUUUUAAAGUGUUGUCACAGUGAGGGACUGCAUGGCGUGACAACACUGAAACAGGAUGUAAAAGAGACCAGAACCUUUUAAAAGACUUUGGUUGAUUCUGAGUUGAACCCCUAUAAUUCUUAAUCGUAGAUCCACCCCUGUGUAUUCUUUAUACAAUAUAUAUAUAAAUAUUUUUUUCAUUCUUUAAUUCUUUGAGUAUACAUCGAUUAAAAUUGUUUCUUGAGGAAACAUUUCCAUCAUA